AUGGGAGAAUCCAAUGUUGUUCCCAAUGAAGCAUCCGAUUUCAUUAAAUUUGUGAACGAAUCUCCUUCACCAUUUCAUGCGGUAGAAUCAGCUCGUUUGCGUUUGCGUAGUGCUGGAUAUGAAGAAAUUAAGGAACGUGGUCAAUACGUUCCUGGCAACGGUAUCUCAAUUAUUGGUGCUCAUACUGAUUCUCCUUGUUUGAAGCUUAAACCUGUAUCCAAAAAAGCUUCAGCAGGUUAUUUACAAGUCGGGGUUGAAACUUACGGGGAUCUUAGCGUUGCCGGUCGUGUAAUGGUCGAAAAUGACAAACAUCAAUUUGAGCACAAACUCAUUAAAGUUAACAGCUUGACAAACGGAUCCGAUAAUAGCGAUAAAAAUGAUAAAAAUGAGAGUUUUACUCCAAGACAUCAUCCUGUGCUUUUGGAUUUGCUUGUUAAAGAGCUUGGUGUCAAAGCUGUAAACCAAAUCCAUGAUUUUGAAUUAUGUCUUUAUGACACCCAGCCAUCAACUACCGGCGGUGUCUUCAAUGAGUUUAUAUUUUCUGCUCGACUUGAUAAUUUAAUGAUGUCAUAUACUGCAUUGACCGCUCUAAUCAAUAGCACGAAUAAUGUUGAAACAUUAUGCGAUGACAAAAACAUUCGUUUGGUUGUCCUCUUUGAUAAUGAAGAAAUUGGAAGUAAAACUGCACAUGGUGCUGAUUCCAAACUUUUAGAGACCACUAUUAGACGUUUAACUCUAUCAAAUAUUAGUGAUACAAUCUCUCAGGCAAGUGUCGUUGUCAAAAUUAAUGCUAAUCAGAGGUAUGCUACUACAGCCGCAACAUCUCUUAUAUUACGCGAAGCUGCAAAGAAAUACAAAGUUCCAUUGCAAGAAUUUUGUGUUCGAGCUGAUAGUCCUUGUGGGUCCACUAUUGGCCCAAUGAUAAGUGCAAAUUUAGGAUUGCGCACCGUUGGUAAUUAUAACUAA